AUGAGAGUCUCGUCCCUCUUCGCCGCCUUGGCAGCCGCCAGUACCGCCAUCGCCAGCUCGAUUGAGCUCCCGGCAGGCGUACCGCGUAACAUCCAGGAGUUCCGCGAGAAGCAUCCCUUCGAGAAGCGCGGUAAGGACUGCCACCGCAAGACCUACACCCUCCGCGCCUCCAAGGACGACCUGGACGACAUCUCGGAUGAGUUUCUCGAAGGUUUGAAGAAGGCCAACAACGGCGGUACUCUGUACCUCCCCGCCAACCAGACGUUCAUCAUCGGCAAGCCUCUGGACCUGACCUGGCUCAACGAUGUGCAUGUCCACUGGGAGGGUGAGAUCAAGUUCACCAAUGAUACGCCAUACUGGCAGGCCAAUGCCUUCCACCAUCCCUUCCAGAACUCCAUCAUGUUCUGGAAAUGGGGCGGAAAGGACGUCAAGCUGUACGGUGAGGGUGUCUUGAACGGCAACGGCCAACGCUGGUGGAACGAGUUUGCUGGUCUUGAAAUUCUCGACCCCAGCAACUCCUACCUGCGCCCGAUUCUGUUCUAUGCGGAGAACGCAACGGGCUUGUCUAUGGAAGGCAUCCACCUUAAGGACUCUCCUUGCUGGACUACCUUCAUUGUGACCUCCAAGGACAUCUCCUUCAAGGACGUUAUUUGCACCGCUGAAUCCAACAACCACACAGCGGAGCCCAAGAACACUGACUUUUUCGACUCCCUGAACGUCGAGGACGUCCGCGUCGAGCGCACAUGGGUCAACAUCGGCGACGACUGCUUCUCUCCCAAGUCCAAUGCCAGCAACAUUCACGUCGACACCAUGUACUGCAACGGCACUCACGGUCAAUCCAUGGGUUCGCUGGGCCAGUACGCCGGCGAGAAGAGCUUUGUUAAGGAUGUCGUCAUCGAGAACGUCUGGAUGCUCAACGGCCAGCACGGCGCCCGCCUCAAGACCUGGGCCGGACCUAACGUCGGCUACGGCUUCAUCGAUAAUGUCACCUUCCGCAACUUCUGGCAGGCCAACAACGAGUACACCGCCUUCAUCGAUUCUUGCUACUUCAACAUCAACGCUACCACCUGCGAGCAGUACCCCUCGCAGAUGAACAUUACCAACAUUCUGUUUGAGAACUUUUCUGGAUACAGCAGUGGCAAGUAUGGACGCGCCGUCGCCAAGUUGACCUGCUCGACCAACCCCAAUGCUGUUUGUGAUAACAUCCAGUUCAAGAACUUCAACAUCACGACUCCUUGUGGUGGAGAGCCCGUUAUUCUGUGCGAUGGUAUCAAGGGCGGCAUAGGCAUGCCUUGCAUCUCAUCCAACAGCACCGAGGCCAAGGAGGCUUUGGCCGCUAAGUGCACGACGGCGCUGGCAGAGGCUACGCCGUGGGUUGUUAGACCUUUCGACGAGUAA